AUGUCAUACAAUUGGAACGAACAAAAAUUUCCUCAACAACAAGGACCUCCUACUGAGACUAAUAAAAUGGUUCAGGAUACCUCAAGUACCAUGAACAAUGGUACUACUGGUGAAGGGUCAACAAAUACUACUAUUCCAAAUAUGGAUAAACCAAGUCAUGUAACAUUACCUUCAUUAGCAAAUUUGAAUAAUAAUGAUUCUGUUACUGGAAGUAACCCCGUUCCACUAGCGAGUCAUGAAAUUCAGAAUAAAACCAAUACCAGUCCACCUUUAGCUCAUUCGGUUGCAUCUACCCACGAUCAAAUGAAUCCUGUAUCGAUUAUGAAUCCAACUAAUAGUACUAGUUAUGGUAGCUCUUCUUCUUCUGUGACUCAACCAAAUGUAAAUGCUCCAAGAGGUAGGUCCGAAAGACAACAUUCUGGGUUUUCUUUGGCUAGUUUUGAUAAUCCAUUACCACCUGCAGAAGAAAAGAGACAUUCAAUUGCAAGUGUUACUACACCAAACAUGGCUGCCUCUAGUGCAUCUCCAAAGAUAGCUGGUACAGUCACCACCUCUACCAAUAUUACAAACAGUCAACCUGCUAUAUCGACUCCUGUAGUUGCUCCAGCGGCAGUAAGUGCUCCAACGGCACCUUCAGCUCCAGUUGCAUCAGAAUCAACUAACGCUGAGCCUUCUGGUACAGCAGCUGUGGCUGCAGCUGCAGCUGUUUCUGCUGCCACAGCAUCCUCUGUAGCAUCCCAACCUCAGGGUUCAACUUAUAGACCAUUAAAUGUAAAGGAUGCACUAUCUUAUCUGGAACAAGUUAAAGGCCAAUUUAUUUCAAGACCGGACGUAUACAAUCACUUCUUAGAUAUAAUGAAAGAUUUUAAAUCUCAAGAUAUUGAUACUCCAGGUGUGAUCGAAAGAGUUUCUACAUUAUUUAAAGGUUUCCCAACUUUGAUUCAAGGAUUUAAUACAUUUUUACCUGAUGGAUUUCGAAUUGAAUGUUCAGAUAAUCCAGAUGAACCAAUUAGAGUUACUACUCCUACAGGUACAUCCACAUUACACGACAUAUCUGGUUCAAAACUAGAAUUUAAUACUAAUUCAUACAACGAGCAACAACAACAACAACCAAUGAAUAUGCAAACAGAGACACAGGUAGAGCAACAAGUACAACAACAGGCACCACCUCAAAUUUCACAAUAUCCGCAAGUGAAUGAACUACAAAAUCAACUACCUCAACAAGGGAUUCUAACCUCUGAAAUUCCUUCUGUCGAAGCUCAAAAUAAGAAACCAGCAGAUGUUGAACUAACGCAAGCUAUCAGUUAUGUCAAUAAAAUCAAAGAUAGGUUUGCCGACCAACCAGAUAUCUAUAAGAACUUCCUAGAGAUUCUUCAGACUUACCAGAGAGACCAAAAACCUAUAAAUGAAGUAUAUGCACAAGUAACUGUUCUGUUUCAAAAUGCACCAGAUUUAUUAGACGAUUUUAAGAAAUUCUUGCCGGAUUCAUCUAUGUCAGAACAGCAGCAACAGCAGCAGCAGCAGCAACAACAACAAGAUCAACUGAAUCAACUACAGCAACAGCAGCAACAGCAGCAAGGAUAUGUGUAUAAUGGUGCUAAUGGUUUUUAUCAAGUAGGAUCUAAUAUUGCUAACUCUCAACAGAAUCUACCUCCAAUCGGUAGUUUUUCUCCACCAAAUAACGGUGUUCCGUUCCAUGAAGAUUAUAAUGAACCAACAAGACCUCAAAUGGUCGGUCUCCCAUCGAUGAUUCAACAUGAGCAGACCAUUGAUAUGACACAAGGUCAGCAACAACAAAAACAACCUCCACAUGGCGCACCUCCACCAAUCUCGAACGAAAAUAUUCCAAUCUCGAACAUGAGAUCAGGUGCCGUUAUGGAACAAUAUCCCCCAAAUGAAGUUGUAGUGAUGCAACAAAUGCCUCAAGGAAUGGGCCAACCAAUGGCUGAAGAACAGUACGGUGAGGUUCCAGUUAGACCGGAGAUUGAUUUGGAUCCAAGUAUAGUUCCUGUAGUUCCCGAACCUACUGAACCAAUCGAAAACAAUUUGACUCUCGUUGAAGAAACAAGUUUCUUUGAUAAGGUCAAGAAGGUAGUAGGAAACAAACAAAUAUAUACAGAAUUCCUAAAAAUUUUAAAUCUCUUCUCACAGGAUUUAUUAGAGGUUAAUGAAUUGGUUGAGAAGGUCGACUUUUAUAUUGGUUCACAUAAGGACUUGAUGGAUUGGUUCAAGAAUUUUGUUGGUUACAAGGAUCAACCAAAAAUUAUUGAGAAUAUUGUCCACGAGAAACAUCGUCUUGAUUUAGAUGUCUGUGAAGCAUGUGGUCCAAGUUAUAAGAAAUUACCUAAAAGUGACACAUUUAUGCCUUGUUCUGGUAGAGAUGACAUGUGCUGGGAAGUCCUUAACGAUGAAUGGGUAGGUCACCCAGUAUGGGCUUCAGAGGAUUCUGGUUUUAUUGCUCAUCGUAAGAAUCAAUACGAAGAAACGUUAUUUAAAGCCGAAGAAGAAAGACACGAGUAUGACUUCUAUAUCGAAUCAAAUUUAAGAACAAUCCAAACCUUAGAAACCAUCGCAAAUAAAAUUUCGAAUAUGACUGAAGAUGAGAAACAAGUCUUUAAGUUACCACCUGGUUUAGGUCACACUUCAUUGACUAUCUACAAGAAGGUUAUUCGCAAAGUAUAUGAUAAGGAGAGAGGGUUUGAAGUAAUUGAUGCACUACAUGAACACCCGGCUAUAGCGGUUCCAGUGAUCUUGAAAAGAUUAAAACAAAAGGAUGAAGAAUGGAGAAGAGCUCAACGUGAAUGGAAUAAAGUAUGGAGAGAACUUGAACAAAAAGUCUAUUUCAAAUCUUUGGAUCAUUUAGGCCUGACAUUUAAGCAAGCCGAUAAAAAAUUACUCACAACCAAACAAUUAAUUUCAGAGAUUAGUAGUAUCAAGGUUGAUCAAAAUAGCAAGAGAAUGCACUGGCUUACGCCUAAACCAAAGAGUCAGCUAGAUUUCAACAUAACAGAUUUCGAGAUUAUAUUUGACAUUAUGAAACUCUCCUUUGUCUCGAUUGAUAACGUUUCAAACUAUUCUAACCCUGACAAAGAAAGAUUAAAGGACUUCUUACGUGUUUUAAUAAGCGUUUUUUUCUCUAUUCCAUCAGAUAAAAUUGCUGAAGCCUUGAGAAAGAGAGGUUUAGAUUUAGGGGAUACUCAAGAUGAAGGAACUACUUCUGGAAAAGAUACAGAAGAAAAUAAUGGAUCUAAGAAGAGAAAGAGCCCUGCCGAUAUUGAAUUUACUCUAAAUGAUAUUUUACGUAGAGACAAAUAUCAAAAAUUAAAACACCCUAUUAGUGAUGGUGACUCCAAUGAACAAGACUCGGAGAUGGCUGCUGAAGACUCCAGAUUAGAACAAGAGGCAGAACUUAUCAGAAAGGAUGCCAGAAAACCAUGGCUAUUGGGAGACAUUGUCGAUAAAGCUAAUGCAAAUGGUGUUAUCUCUAAUAGAGUCAAAUUUAAUUUGUUUGGUAAUACAUACGUUUACAUUUUCAUUCGUAACUUGGUUACCCUUUAUGAUAGAUUGUUAGAAGUUAAGAACAUGAAUGAGGCUGUUACAAAAGAAAUUAGCAACAGGAAAACUGUCCAAUUUGCAAAGGAUCUAUGUCUAAUAUCGACACAACUAAAGGAUAUGGGUCUUGAUUUUGCCGGAAAAGAUAGUUAUCAAGAAAUCCUUCACCUAGGUGAAAGAUUAAUCCUUGGUGAUAUCGAGCACCAAUGGUUCGAAGAAAGUUUGCGUCAAGCUUUCAAUAACAAAGCAUUCAAGUUAUACACCAUUGAUAAAGUUACGCAAGCCAUUGUAAAACACGCACACACAUUGAUGUCGGAUAAUAAGACAAGCGAGAUACUCAAAUUAUUUGAGAGAGAUAGAGUUGCUUCAUCUACCAGUACCAAGGAUCAAAUAUUGUAUCGCCUACAGACACGUUCCCACAUGACUAAUACAGAGAAUAUGUUCCGUAUUCAAUAUGAUAAAGAGGCAAAACAUAUUUGUAUUCAAUACAUUGCUUUAGAUGAUUUAACGCUAAAGGAUUCCGCAAGCGAUGAUGCCAAAUGGAAAUAUUAUAUUACCUCAUAUUCCUUACCCCAUCCAACGGAAGGUAUUGAUCAAGAUCAACUAAAGGUUCCAUUUUUAGAAAGAAUUCUGGAAUUUGAACAAAAUGAAUUUGCUAAUGAAGAUGGGGAAGCCGAAAAAUCAGAAACUUCUUCAUCUUUGGGUAAAUAUGCACCAAACGGUGUAUCCAGCUCAACUUUGAAAAUUAAUAUUUCCCCUGCUACUUACUCUUUGAAUAUUGAAGCUGGUUCCAUCGAUAUCUUCUCAAGGAAAUCUAUGAACGCAUUCCCAGUAAAGGAUUUCAAGAAACAAUAUGGAAGAUCAGAGUUGUUGGCGAACAAGUUCUUGGACAGGAAAGUUGUCUCUGUGAAGCCACAGAGUCCUGAACCAACAGACAUCAUAGAAAGUGAUGAAAAUCAACCGGUUACUAAUCCAACUGGAAGUUCUACUGUGUUAGCUGUUGUUGAUGCAAAUACCACAAAUCCCACCGAAAGUUCAACAACUACCUCGCAACCUGGUGUAGUUAACGAAGUCUCACAUAAUGAAAAAGAAAACGAAAAUAAUGAAGAGGAUAAGCAACUUGAGAAUGGCAAAAUAAAACCAAACGAGGUGUCAACUGUUAUUCCUUCGGUCACUUACCCCUCUACCUAA